CAGCUGCAGGUCCUGUUGGCUCAUGGGAUCAACUUCCUGUUGGCGGCAGCAAUAUUUGGUUGGCACGCCCUCUCUUCCUGUGGUUGCUAUGGUAACUUGGUGCUUUUGUUUUGGUGAAUCAGUUCAUCCGGGAUGUUCUGGUCAGUCAUGCUGAGGGGAUUGUAGCUUCAGACCCUUCAGGGUCUGAAUCUCUCCACGUAGGGAGGAGGGAGCACGUAAAGCCACGUGCUUCGCCUCUCCAGGCUCCUCGCGCGGACUCCUGGUCUCGAAGCUGCCGACACGCGCGCGCAGAGCCAGACAGGUGCGUUUUCAGGAAACCCCAUCCGCGCGUUUUCACCCAGCGCACCGUGGGGACGGUCUCUGCGAAAUGCGGGCGUCGCGUUUGAGAGCAGAGGAAAGCAGCUGUCGUGUUCAGCAUCAGUCCCGCUGCGCUCCUCUCGGCUCCUGUCGGGUCAUCUAACGGCGCAGCUCCCAGGAAAUCACUGGGACUAUGUGAGCAUCAUGACCCCUGUGAGAUGCCUGCUCUUCGCCGCACUCUGUGCGAGGUACGCCGAGACAGCAGGUGUGGAGGAGUGGGUGAGGUUGCCCUCUGCAGAGGAGGUCGUCCAACCCAAGCGGCUCUUGCAACAGAUCCACUCAGAGGAGGAGCUGCUGCACGGCCACCUGGACACCCGGGUCAGAAACCUGCCAGAUGGCAUUCAGCAGCCCAUUCAUUUGUCCCAGAGCAGCUUCCUGGUGGAGGCCUUUGGCACAUCCUUCACCCUUGACCUGGAACUGAACCACAACCUCCUGUCUACAGACUACGAAGAGCGUCACUUUGACAAUGGGGAGCUAUCACAAAAUGCGGGCGGGGAGCAUUGCUACUACCAUGGGCGAGUGCGGGGGCUGCCUGGCUCCUGGGCUGCGAUAUCCACCUGCCGAGGCCUUCAUGGGAUGUUUUCUGACUCCAACUUCUCUUAUGGGAUCGAACCCGUCGGUAACGGAGAGAAAGACCACAUUGUGUAUCGGAUGCCCAACAUCGACCUCUUCUCACUUCCCUGUCCAGGAUGCUUCAUGAACAGCACAGAGCCAGAGGGGCGAACAGAUGGUCUCUCUGAAGGAGACGGCGAGAAGAAGGAUGGAGACAACAAGUCUGAAGAAGAGAAAACCGUUUUCACCAGAGGCCGGAGGCGCUCCAAAAGACAAGCGAGGCGAGGCCAGCGCACCGUUCAGACCGAGACCAAGUACAUCGAGCUGAUGGUCGUUAACGAUUAUGAGCUGUUUGUGCAGCUCCGCAGGUCAACGUCUCAAACAAAGAUUUUUGCCAAAUCCGUAGUGAACAUGGCCGACUUGAUCUACAAGGAGCAGCUCAACACCCGCAUCGUCCUGGUCGCCAUGGAAACCUGGUCGUCCCAGAACAGGAUCGCCGUCGGCGACGACCCCCUGCUGACCCUGAGAGACUUCAUGAAGUUCAGGAAGGAGAGCAUCAAGCAGCGCUGCGACGCCGUGCAUCUCUUCUCAGGGAGGACGUUCAUGAGCAGCCGCAGCGAAGCCGCUUACAUCGGGGGGAUCUGCUCCCUGACGAGGGGCGGCGGCAUCAACGAGUUUGGCAGCGUGGGUCCGAUGGCCAUCACUCUGUGUCAGAGUCUGGGGCAGAACGUCGGCAUGCUUAGGAACAAAGAGCGAACGGCUGCAGGAGGCUGCAGGUGUCCAGAUCCAUGGCUGGGCUGCAUCAUGGAGGACACCGGCUUCCACCUGCCCAGGAAGUUUUCCCGCUGCAGCAUAGAGGAGUACAUGCGCUUCCUGCAGCAGGGAGGAGGAAGCUGCCUGUUUAACAAACCCACCAAGUUGUUGGAACCCUCAGAGUGUGGGAAUGGGUAUGUGGAGCUGGGAGAGGAAUGUGACUGUGGAUCCCUGAUGGAGUGCAGUCAAAGUGGAGCCAAUUGCUGCAAGAAGUGCACUCUGACCCACAAUGCCAUGUGCAGCAACGGGCUGUGCUGCAGGGACUGCAAGUACGAGCUCAGAGGAGUGACCUGCCGCGACGCCGUGAAUGACUGCGACAUUUCCGAAACCUGCACCGGCGACUCCAGCCAGUGUCCUCACAACGUCCACAAACUGGAUGGAUACGCGUGUGAAGCUGACCAGGGUCGGUGCUAUGGUGGCCGCUGUAAGACCAGAGAUGGCCAGUGCAGAACUCUGUGGGGUUACAACUCGGCUGACAGGUUUUGUUAUGAAAAGCUGAAUUCGGAGGGAACAGAGAAGGGGAACUGUGGGCCGAACCCCGGCGGGCAGGGAUGGGUCCAAUGCAACAAACAAGACGUUCUGUGUGGCCUGCUGCUUUGCACCAACCUGACAGAAAGACCCAGAUUUGGGGAACUGCAGGGAAGACUCACCAGUUUGACGAUUCAUCACCAGAACCGCUACAUGGACUGCAGAGGGGGUCAUGCAGUGCUGGACGACGGUCUGGAUCUGGGCUACGUGGAUGAUGGGACGCCGUGUGGGCCAAACAUGAUGUGUCUGGAGCGCCGCUGCCUCCCUGUGCCGACCUUUAACCUCAGCUCCUGCCCCGGCUCCUCCUCCUCACGCAUCUGCUCCCACCAUGGGACCUGCAGCAACGAGGUGAAGUGCAUCUGUGAUCCGGAUUACACCGGGAAGGACUGCAGCGUGUUCGACCCAAUCCCCACGCCGACCCCACUGGAGGGACCAGACAAGUACAAAGGUCCCAGUGGCACCAAUAUCAUAAUCGGGUCGGUCGCUGGUGCGAUUCUGCUGGCUGCAAUAAUCCUUGGGGGAACCGGCUGGGGAUUUAAGAACAUCCGGAAAGGACGAUCUUCAGGAGUUUAAGUUGCUCCUCUCUUUUAUUCCUGUCCACUCUGAGGAGACAGAAUGGAGACGUCUUCCACUUAACAAGCCGUCGGGCUUUUCGUUUUUCCAUUUCCUGCUCCGACUUUGUUGAUCUUCACUCCGGCUGAGUUUAGUCUGCCUGGAAGAAUAAACCUGAGAACUACGGCGCUCCUUCAGCUGGUCGCCACUAGUUCCUGGGAACCGAUUCCUAACUUACAGUCUGCAUCACUUCCCGUUUCGUCCUCCUGUCUAACGUAGUAGUUUGGACUUUUAUUGCGCAUUACCCUUUAGGUAUUUUAAUGAACUGCUGGAGAGCACAACUAUCUCCUUUCUGCAGUGUAAAAUCCACAAACUGUUACUGAAUGCUGGCUUUUUAGAUUAGAAUGGUACAUUCCACAAUAAGAGCCAUAAUUUCUCCUUUUAUGCUGCCUUGACAGGAAAUCUGAGGGACAGUUAGUUUGCACUGAAUGUAUUCUCCCUGCUGUAAAAUAAAUACUUCCAUAUAAAAUAUAUCUACAUGUGUGCAGGCAUAUGAAAAAGUUUGGGAACGCCUCCUCAUGUCGGCUUUCAAAGUUGCAACUUACUUAUGAAGGAAAGCCAAUAUUUGAAUGGCGAUAUGUUUGUUGGAGUUUCAGACAUUAUGCUUUCUUCUUUGUAAGAUGUUGUCAUGCAACCGCCAGGGGCCAUACUGGCAGGAAAAACUACACAGACCACACAGAGCUGGCUAGUCUGCAGUUUUCCAGUUUUGCAACAAUGAUGGACUCAUGUUGUGAUUCUCGAGUAACUGAGGGAAAGUUACAGAUAGAAGCUUUUAUCGCAUCCAUAAAAUAUGACGGCACAUUGGGGCCAAUAGGAAAGAAAAAGGAGUUUAGUUUUACCAAAAAGUGAAAAAAUAGAAAUGUUUAGAUUAAUGUCAGAAAUUUUCUAGAAAGACAAAAGCAUGAAAAUUUCAGGUUUCAAAAGUUAAAAAUUUGUGAGAAAAAAAAAAUACAUUUGAGCUUAAUUUCAGAAAUUUUCUUGGAAAAAAACCAUUGAAAUUUCUGAAUUUCAAAAAUCAAACAUUUGCUGAACAGAAAUUAUAAAAUUAAUCAGAAAUAUUCCUGGGAAAAAAGAAACUUGGAAAUGUUUUUGGAAAAGUUUCAAAAGUUGUUCUUUUCUCUGCAUUUUGUCAUAAGUUAAAUAAUCUACUAAAUCACCAUUUGUUUUCUUCAGAGAUCGCCCCAGUUUGAAGAUGCUGCUUGGAAAUUUAGCGUGAAUUAUUAUGGAGGUUGUCGGAUUCCCAAACGUUUCCAUGUGACUGUACUUAUGCAUACAGAUAUGGUGCUGUAGUAAAAGCUUUGGGACUCAAGUGACAGCAGUGAUUCACUGCCACCGUGAACGGAAGCACAAGUCUUUUAUUGGAGACUCUUCUUCCUGCCUGCCGCUGAACAAUUAGCCAGAAAGGGUCCAAAAUCUGUCCUGGGGGCGAUUUGACCAUAAAACAACCAAAUCAGACUGGAAACGUCAUGUUGUGUUUUGCAAAAAUAUUGAUGCAGUAACUUUAUUACAUUUAAAUGUGUAAACCUGGAAUUUUAUGUGCUUGAUGAGCAGCAGCUUUUGGGCUGUAUCUUUACCAUCUUUUCCCAUUAAAAACUAACAUUUUUGCCACUUGACUCCUGCAUAAAGUGGAUUUUUCCUCCCAAUUCAAAAAAAUGCACCACUUUGUGUUGAUCUGUGACAUAAAAUUC